AUGAAGAUGAUUUUUGGGACGUUUCUCUUGGUUUCUGUGCUGUCGUCUGUCUGCAGUGUCUCUCUGUCUCCACGUCCUGCAGACGAAUGUUCUGGAAUGUCUCUCCGUCUACGAACCUUCCGGUUGGUAACAUCCUGUAAUUUCACCACUCUAAAGGAGAAGCAGCUGAAGGAGAUCCAGGCUCCAACCACCAACCUUUACUUGCCAAUUCUGUACCUUCUGGCCUUUUGUGUGGGCUUACCUUUCAACCUGUUGGCUCUCUGGAUUCUGGUGUUCCGGACCAAACAUCUGCCAUCAACUGUGCUGCUCAUUAACCUGACAUUGGUCGACUGCCUGCUGCUUACGGUUCUGCCAUUUCGUAUUGUCUACCACUUUCGAGGAAACCACUGGGAGCUGGGGGAGCCUUUCUGCCGAGUAGUCAUAGCCAUGUUUUACGGGAACAUGUACGGCUCAGUCUGGUGUUUGGCCUUGGUGGCUUUGGACCGGUAUCUGGCUUUGGUUCAUCCGUUUAAAGCCAGGACUCUGCGCAGUCGGCGAGUUUCUUUGUAUGUGACUGGAAUGGUAUGGAUAGUAAUGCUGGGUGCCAUGUUGCCCCUGUUGAUGUCCCGGCAGACCUACACGCUCGAUGAACCAAAUAUCACUACCUGCCAUGACGCACUGCCUGAAGACGAACAGGAUUACUUGUUCCUACCAUACUUCAGCACUCUGUUUGUCUUCUGCUUCCUGCUGCCCUUUACCAUUGUGGUGUUUUGCCACAGUGCUGUGUUGCGCACCCUGCUGGUUGAAGGGAAGCAUUAUGGUCACGCCAUUGGGGUGACAGUGCUGGUGUUGGUCAUCUUCAUCGUGUGCCUGCUGCCCAGUAAUCUCCUCCUCCUCCUAACCUACGCCGACAGCUCGCUGGACGGUGAUGGCGAGGACCUCUACGUCCCCUACAUGAUGAGCUUAGCAGUUAGCACCUUUAACAGCUGCAUCGAUCCCUUCAUCUUCUACUUCGUGUCCACGGAGUUCAGGCAAAAGGCCAGGAGCGUUUUGUGUUGCAGCAGCAACCGAGAAAACAAACCUUUUUCUCAAGGGAACAGGACUUCGUCAUCAAGCAAUAGGUCAAAAGUCGCGCUGCUGUCUGUGACCAGUCAACGAGGGAGGUCUGAGAUGAUGCUUGCAUGUCAACAGGACAAAGGAAUGUCAACUAACUGCUGA